AUGGAGAACAGCUAUGACGACCAGUCAAUAGCCGUGAUUGGCCUGUCUUGCCGAUUUCCUGGCGAUGCCGACAACGUAGAACGAUUCUGGAACCUCCUCCGUGAGGGACAGUCUGCCAUAUCCACUGUUCCUGGGAACCGAUGGAAUAGUCGUCGCUUCCAGGAUGACAAGAAUCACAGCCAAAACACCAGCCGCACCAAUCGCGCACAUUUUCUAAAAGAAGAUGUAUCGGCAUUUGAUGCCAAUUUCUUUUCUAUUUCCAAAUCCGAGGCGGUAAGUAUGGAUCCUCAGCAGCGUCUGAUGCUUGAGGUGUCUUACGAAGCCUUCGAAAAUGCUGGCCUCGCCGUGGAAUCUCUUGCACAGAGCCAAAUGGGCUGCUGGGUAAGUUCUUUCUCGCAAGACUGGAGAGAAAUGCAGUUCUCCGACCUGCAGUCGGUACCCAAGUACGCAAUGUCGGGUAUGCAACCAGAGAUGCUCGCAAAUCGAGUUUCGUAUUUCUUUGAUUUGCAUGGGCCAAGUAUGGCUUUAGAGACUGCAUGCUCCGGUAGUCUGGUUGGUCUUCACGUAGCAUGUCAGAGUCUGCGAUCCGGUGAAUGUGACGCCGCAUUAGUGGGAGGAGCCAACCUGUUCCUCAACCCAAAUAUGUUCCUCGCACUAUCAAAUCAGAACUUUUUGGCUCCGGAUGGACUGAGCAAGGCGUUUGACGCAUCAGCAAACGGCUAUGGCCGAGGUGAAGGGUUCGCGGCUGUCAUCCUUAAACCUGUUGAGAAGGCUAUUCGUGACGGCGAUCCCAUCCGUGCCGUCAUCCGCGCGACUGGAACAAAUCAGGAUGGAAGAACCAAGGGCCUGACCAUGCCGAAUGGCGACGCACAAGAAACCUUGAUCCGAUCAACGUAUCGAUCAGCUGGACUCGAGUUGAAAGACACGGCGUAUUUUGAAGCACACGGAACCGGAACACAAGUUGGUGAUUUUGAGGAGCUAAGCGCAAUAGCUCGCACCGUCGCCGACGCCCGCAAGCGCGAAGGGCUAGAAGAGUUGUGGGUGGGAUCUGCAAAGACAAAUAUUGGCCAUCUCGAAGCAACGGCAGGCCUGGCUGGCGUACUCAAGGCAAUACUUGUUCUGGAGAACGGCGUCAUUCCCCCUAACCUGCAUUUUAAGAAUCCCAACCCCAGGAUUCCCUUUCAAGAGUAUCACAUAAGAGUGCCCACGCAAGAAGUUACUUGGAACCCCGACACGAUACGCCGUGUCAGUGUCAAUUCAUUUGGGUUCGGAGGCAGCAAUGCCCAUGCUAUCAUCGACAAUGGUAAACAGUACCUGCAUCAACGACGGUCAAAAGCAACCCUCGUUAACGGGACUCAUGCCGCUGAUGACAAAGAGCUGAAACCGGAGGUGCCGCAAAUUUUCGUUAUCAACUCCAGUGAUCAAGAAGGAUUAGGUCGUCAAAGGUCUGCUCUUCGCCAUUACCUCGCCAACUUUGGUAAAGAAGGACGUGCAAAUAGCGGAUGGUUUCGCGAUCUUGCCUUUACUCUGGGAAAGAAACGCUGUCGCCUUCCUUGGAGAUCAUUCUGCACUGCUUCCACGGUCCUGGAACUGUCUGAGGCUUUGGAAGCUACCGACUUUCCAAAGAUUCGGUCCGGAACAGCGGCUCUGCGACUUGCCUACGUUUUCACAGGCCAGGGAGCUCAAUGGGCGCAAAUGGGAUUGGAACUAUUCCAAUUUCCUACCUUUAAACAAAGCGUUGUGGCUGCAGAUAGUCACCUGAAGAAGCUAGGCUGUCCUUGGUCGGUGGUCGAGGAGUUGCAGCGGAGCGGUGCUGAGUCGAAUAUUCACGUUUCGUGGUACAGUCAGACGCUGUGUACUGUUCUCCAGGUUGCCUUGGUUGAACUUCUGCAGUCUUGGGGUAUCACUCCACGUUCUGUGGUUGGCCACUCAAGCGGAGAAAUGGCGGCUGCCUUUGCCAUAGGUGCUCUUGCGCGUGAGGACGCUUGGAAAAUCGCCUACUGGCGAGGCAAGCUCUCUUCUGAGCUCACGGAGCGUGCGCCUGACCUGAGUGGGGCCAUGAUGGCCGUAGGCGCCUCUCACGAACAAGCACAGAAAUGGGUGGAAGGAUUGACUCGUGGCAAGUGUGUUGUCGCCUGCAUUAACUCCCCUUCAAGCGUUACGGUUUCAGGUGAUGACGCCGGCUUAGAUGAGCUAGCCGCGAUGCUCAAGGAGAAAGAGGUAUUUGCAAGGAAAUUGAAAGUCACCACGGCAUAUCACUCUCAUCAUAUGAAAGUCGUUGCGGAAGCCUACCACGAUGUACUUAAGGAUGUCGAGGUCCGAAACGUGCCCACUGAUGGACCGCAGAUGUUUACCUCUGUGAGCGAGACGUUGGUUAACCCGAGCGACCUUGACGCCUCACAUUGGGUGGCAAACUUGGUCUCUCCUGUUCUCUUCUCCAAUACGGUUGCUGAGCUCGCAAGGGCAAAAACUCCGAAAGACCAGGCAACUGGUUCUGCAGUUGACCUGAUGCUGGAAAUCGGUCCCCAUGCAGCACUCCGUGGUCCAGUCACGCAGAUUCUCCAGGCAAAGGGACUUCGGAACGUUGAGUACCAGUCUCUUCUUUCUCGUGGCUGCAACGCUAUCCAAACCACACUUGCUGCAGUGGCGGAUUUAAUCUGCCGUGGCGUAACUGCGGACAUUGAUGCUGUCAACAACGCGCAUACCCCUCAAGGAGCUGGCCACAAGACAAUGCCGGCCAACACCCUCACAACCCUACCACCAUAUGCUUGGAACCACUCGAGGACGUUUUGGACCGAGUCACGCAUGCUUCGGGAGGCGAAAGCCGUUAAUGAUUCGCCUAGUAGUUUCAUCGGGCUUCCUAUGCCAUCAUUUGUAGCAAACGAGCACAUCUGGAGAGGAUUCCUUCGACUCGAACAUGUCCCUUGGGUCAGACACCACAAAAUGCAAUCUGCAGUCCUAUUUCCAGCUGGUGGGUUUCUAGCAAUGGCAAUUGAGGGUGCCAGCCAAUUUCAGGGCAAGGACAAUAGCCGUGUGGCGAAAGGGUACAAGCUCCGUGACGUUCGGAUCGACAGUGCAGUCAUACUUACCGAGGAGUCCAACAUCGAACAUAUUUUACAACUCCGGCCUCAUGAUACAGCGCGUUCCCAGCAGACGGACUCGUAUGACGGGUGGUGGGAGUUCAAGAUUUCCACCUCUGCGGGUUCGGACGAGUCGCUGAAAUGCAACUGUUAUGGAUUGGUCACUGUCGAGUUUGAACAACUAAUUCACCCUUCCCACGCUAGCAAAGCUUCCUCUACUACUGUACAGCAAGCGGAAGCUUUCUACGAGAGGCUGGAGUCUGUUGGUUUGGAGUAUGGCCCAUCAUUCCAGGCCAUCAAGACUAUCCUGCACAGCAGUGGCGGUCAAACAGAAGGCGAAAUUGAAAUCAUGGAUAUAGAUGUGAAUUCCACUACACCAGGAGGUUCGGAUGGACGCCCAUACGUUGUUCACCCAACUACUCUUGAGGCCUUGUUUCAAAUGGCAUAUGCUGCUUUCGACAACCAGAGUGACGGUGUCAAGAAAGCCCUUCUUGUCACAGAUAUUGAGGAGCUGCUGCUAGACGCGAGCAUUUCCCACACGCCGGGUGCCCGACUUCAGACCUCGGCGAGAUCCUCUCGCCUAGGAUUCCGCGAAAUGUUGGCAGAUGUCACUGUGUCUCCUACAGCGUCUAACGCUGGUGGAAUUUCCGUGAGAGGAUUGACCUGUGUAGAGAUGCCGAGCACUGCUGGUGUCAAUAGCGAUGUUGGCAUCACGGGAAGAGAAGGCUAUGACUCCAUGCUGAGCAAGUUUGUGUGGAAGCCAGCCCUGAACCUGCUAUCGGCGACCGAAAGAGAACACCUGCUCAUCGCAGCUACAAAGGUGACUGACGCAGAGACGGAGGCAAUUCUCGCCAGAGAGGCAGCCGACUUUCAGAAUGUCAAAUCUGCCCUCCAGGCUAGUCAGCGCGGCAAAACCGGUAGCCUGAAGCUUCGCAAUGCAUUGAAAUGGAUAUCCCAAGAACUCCCAGACGCUAAAGUAUUUGGCAAGGCACUUGAAAAUGUAUCCCAAGACGGCCAAGGCGCAGGACCUACGGGACCCAUCGUCGACGUCCUAAGCGGGACUUCAACCCCAGAUGUCCUGCUGAGCGGAUAUGGCAGCACUGAAAAGUUCCUGGCCGCUCUUCCCGGCGUAAAGGUAUCAUUGCAGAAGAUGUACCAGCUUGUCAGUAUCAUGGCCCACGAGAAUCCUGACCUGGCGGUUUUGGAAAUUGGAUCUGGCAGUUCAGGGGAAGAGGACACAUCAAUAUUCUCGACAACGGACAUACCAACCACGAUCAAAUACACACGCGCAGUAGCAACCCCUGAGAUUCUUCGUAAUCUACAGGAAUUCUCUCCCCCUGCCGGCCCUAUUCCCCGCUUUACUGUCCUCGAUCUGGAACAAGAUCUGGCUGACCAGGGUAUCGACCUUGCUUCAUUCGAUAUCAUUAUUGGCAACAACGUACUCUCCAACUCCAGAAAUGUUGAAAACGUGCUUAGGCGCACGAAAUCGUUAUUGCGUGAUGAAGGCAACAUGUGCUUCGUGGAACUAACCAAGCCAAGCUCUAGAGCAGUACCAGUGCUCGGAGUCGUUUGUGACUGGUGGAAACGAGGAGAUGACGGACUACGUCGACCCUUAUCCAGUGACUCAAUCAAGGAUAUCCUCACUGAGCAAGGUUUUACUCUCGACUUUUUGUCACCAGACUUCGUUGACCCCGCAAUUCAACAAUCCAGCCUAGUGUUUGCGUCGUCUUCUGCGGAGAAUUUGCCAACAGCCUCAGCAACAGACGACGCAGACGACGAGGAAAUUUACAUCUUGAUUUCCCCAGAAUUAAAGUCGCCAGAUGCGGUUGUGCAGAAUGUUGCAUCAAGUUUCCAGCAUAGCCAGAUUGUAACUUGGGGUGCGGGUGUGGAUUUCAAGGGGAAGUAUAUCAUUUCGCUGCUGGAGUUAUAUGAUCCGUUUAUCAACCACCUUACUGAAGAGGACUUUGAUAUCCUGAAGAAACUCGUCACGCAAGCUUCUAGUCUGCUAUGGGUCACAGGAAUCCCAGAACCGCACGCUUCCACUAUCCUAGGUUUUGCCCGCGUCGUCCGCUUCGAAAUACCGAGUCUGGACUUCCGCGUUCUGACUUUGGACCCUGCAACAAUAGAGGAUGCCAAAAAGAAUUCCAUUCACAUCUCCCAAGUUCAGAGAUCUAAGUCUCCGGACAAAGAGUACAAAGAGUUGGAUUCUAUUGUUCAUAUCCCUCGUGUCACUGUAGACGCAUCACUAAACCAUCAGAUUUCCAAUUUGUGUCUUAGCGAGGCCAUUGAGUCGAAGCCUCUAGGUUCAUUGGAGAGACCACAAAAACUUUGCAUUCGAAACCCAGGUAUGCUGAACACGCUCUGCUUUCAGGCGGACAACGUGUCGGAAAACGAGCUUCAAGACGACGAGGUUGAAGUACGCGUGAUGGCUAGUGGAUUGAAUUCGAAGGAUGUUAUGGUAGCUCUUGGACACAUCACCGAUACGCAUCUCGGCCUUGAGGCUAGUGGAGUUGUCUUGCGUGUUGGAGCAAGCGUCACACAUCUCCAGCUUGGUGACAAGGUUGUCAUGCUGGCGAAUGGUGCGCAUCGAACAACUCUACGCGGCAAAGCUGCGGUAUGCCAGAAGAUCCCGCAAGACAUGACAUACGAGGAAGCUGCCGGUUUCCCUUUUGCAUACUGCACGGCGUACUACACACUUCUCCACGUCCUCAGAGCUCAGAGUGGCCAAUCUGUUCUCAUCCACGCUGCGGCCGGAGCUGUAGGGCAAGCAUUAGUUCGCCUGGCUCAGCACCUAGGCCUUGAAGUCUUCACAACAGCUGAAUCUGCCGACGAUAGAGCAUUUGUCCAAGAAUUACUCGGCCUCUUCCCAGAUCGUAUCUAUCAUCCACAGGAUAAGGGACUUGUCCAACAUGUCAUGCGCAUCACCGGCGAUGUAGGGGUGGAUUUCAUCGUGAACCCUCUGUCUGUAGAGGAAAUCGCAGAUUCCUUAAAUUGCCUUGCUGACUUUGGAACAUUUGUUGAGAUGGGCAUGGAAAAUGACUCCCGCCAUUCCACUCUGAAUACGCGACUAUUCCGUCGAGACACUACCUUUGUGGCCGUUAACCUACAACGAGUAUUGGAGCUGAGGCCCAAGUUGAUUGGAGAGAUCUUGCAAAAAGCUCUGGGCCUCUUUCAAGAUGGCCAGGUGAAGUCAGUUUCGCCUUCAAAUGUAUACCCGGUUUCGGAAGCAGAGGCAGCUAUACAGAUGUUCCAGGAUAAUCGCCAUCAUGGUAAAAUCACGCUGUCGUAUUCCUCAGAGGACUUUGUAUCCGUUCUGCAGAAUCCGAAAGACAGCUUGAAGCUCUCGCCGGACAACACCUAUCUCAUUGCUGGUGGUCUCGGUGGCAUUGGGCGAAGCCUCGCCACUCUGCUCGUCGAUUGUGGAGCGCGCCAUAUUGCUAUGGUCUCCCGUUCCGGUGUUACAUCAGUUGAGCAACAGCAGCUUAUUGACAAUCUAAGUGAGCGCGGUGCUAAAAUCGGAGUUUACAAAUGCAGCAUUGGCGAUGCCAACGCCUUGGGCCGAGCGCUAACCCAAUGCGCAAGUGAGAUGCCUCCCAUUAAAGGAAUCAUUCACUCAGCGGUUGUUUUCAGAGAUGCCGUUCUUCAUAAUAUGACAUACAAGCAAUGGGAUGAGCUCUUGGAUGGUAAGCUCCGAGGAAGCUGGAAUUUGCACGCACUUACCACUUCUUACAACCUCGACUUCUUCCUCUGCAUCGGAUCCUUCAUGGCUAUUAUUGGUGGUAUCAGCCAGAGCAACUAUGCUGCCGGUAGUGCUUUCCAGGACGGAUUAGCUCAUCUGAGACAGUCCCAGGGGCUGCCCGCUGUCACGAUUGAUCUUGGUAUUGUGAAAGGCUUCGGUGCAGUAGAAGAGCAGGGUGCAGUGGGCCACACCCUCGAAUGGCGGGAACCAUUCGGCGUCAGUGAGCCAGAAGUACACGCUCUGAUCAAAGGUGCAUUACUUGGUCAAAGGGGCAACUGGGCACUAGAUGUCCCAGCCCAGAUGAUCAACAGCAUACCGACGGGAGGUAUGGUUCGUAGCUCCGGUGUCAGUCAGCCAUACUACUUUGAUGACCCUCGAUUCAGUAUCAUGGCCAAAAUUGGCAUGGACUCGGAGAAUUCAGAUACGCAAGCCAGUGUAUCGCUCAAAGAACUACUUGCCGAUGCGGAAAGCUCUGAUGAUGCUGUAUUGUUCGUCACCGGCGCAGUGAUCAGCAAGGUAGCGAAGCUGAUGCAAGUAGCGGAGGAAGAAAUUGAUACAGGAAAGUCGCUGCACGCCUAUGGAGUGGAUUCUCUUGUGGCAGUAGAAUAUGUUAGCUGGGCCAAGAAGGAGGUUUCAGCCGACAUUACUGUUUUUGAUGUAAUGGCUUCAAAACCCAUCAUGUCAUUUGCUCGUGAUCUUGUAGGUAAGGGGAAAUGGGGCGCAGCGAUUCCAGCUUGCAAGAGUUAAAAGGAGCGAUGCAUAUAUAGAAUAUAGGAAGUUUUCUUUUGUUGUUAGUUAGAUGACCAUCGAUAAAAGUGAAUUUGCACUGCACCAAUUACAAUUCUGUUCCCGACAGUGGUACUAUAUUUAAUUAAAUUUUUAAAAAGCUUGA